AUGGUUGUGAAGAUGAUGAAGUGGAGACCGUGGCCACCUCUGAUUUCAAGAAAAUAUGAAGUGAAACUUAAAGUGCAGAGGCUUGAGGCUGAUGGCGGUUGUGAUUGGGUAGUUGGGGAUGGAGAGAAGGAUAAAAGUGGGCUUGCAGUGGAGAUCAGGUGGAAGGGUCCCAAGAUUUCGUUGGGAUCAUUUAGAAGGACGGUGAAAAGAAACUGCACAAGAGAGGAAAGUGUAAAAAGGGUGGACGGGCCAAACGGCGGCGUUUUGGUGGAGUGGGAUGAAGAGUUUCAGAGUGAAUGUAAUCUUUCUGGGUACAAGGACAACGUGUUUCAUCCAUGGGAGGUUGCCUUUACUGUGUUGCAUGGGUUGAAUCAAGGGGUGAAGAACAAGUUUCCUAUAGUUGGUUCUGCAGCCUUGAACCUUGCUGAAUUUGCUUCCAAGAAUGAAGAGCAAGAGAUUGAACUUAAGAUUCCACUUUCAGUGUCAGGUGCUGCAGCUCAGAGCUGUUCCUUGCUUUGUAUAUGUCUAAGCUUAUUGGAACUCAGACCUGCACAAGAACCAAAAGUGUUGGUGCAAAGGCAAAUGAUGCUGGAUACAUCAUCUCCAUCAUCCGCAGACACUUCCUCGAUAGAUAGAGAUGAAGUUUCUGUGCUUAAAGCUGGUCUCAGAAAGGUAAAAAUCUUCACAGAUUUUGUGUCGACUCGGAGUGCUAAAAAAGCUUGCCUGGAGGAAGAUGGUAGUGAAGGCAGAUGCUCUGCCAAGAGUGAUGAGGGCGAGUAUGCUUAUCCCUUUGAUGCAGACUCACUUGAUGAAUAUGCUGAAGGAGCAUCCGACGACACGAAUGAGAAUUCCACUGUUAGGAAGUCAUUUAGUUAUGGUUCAUUGGCGUAUGCUAAUUAUGCUGGCGUGUCAUUAUACUCUAGUGCUAAAGUCGAAGCUGAGGAUGAAGAUUGGAUUUACUACAGCAACCGCAAAUCAGAUGUUGGCUCCUUGCACAAGGAUGAUUUGAGUUCCACUGUUUCUGAGCCAUCUCUGAUGCAGAAUUCAAAACGUAGUAUUCUACCUUGGAGAAAGAGGAAGCUGAGCUUCAGAUCUCCCAAGGCCAAAGGAGAGCCAUUGUUAAAGAAAGCUUAUGGAGAAGAAGGUGGAGAUGAUAUUGACUUUGAUCGCCGACAGUUGAGCCCUGACGAAUCUCUCUUGUAUGGGUUGCAUAAGGCAGAUGAAGACUCAAAUGCAAAUCGAUCUUCAGUUUCUGAGUUUGGUGAUGAUAGUUUUACCGUUGGCACUUGGGAGCAGAAAGAAAUCACAAGUCGCGAUGGACGCAUGAAGAUUCAAAUACAGGUCUUCUUGGCUUCCAUUGAUCAGCGAAGUGAGCAAGCGGCUGGAGAAAGUGCAUGUACAGCCCUUGUUGCGGUGAUUGCUGAUUGGUUGCAGAAUAACCAUGACCUCAUGCCCAUUAAGUCACAGUUUGACAGUUUGAUCCGAGAAGGCUCGUUAGAAUGGAGAAACCUUUGCGAAAAUGAAAUUUACAGGGAGAGGUUUCCUGAUAAGCACUUUGAUCUAGAGACAGUCCUCGAAUCCAAAACACGCGCUCUUUGUGUAGUUCCUGAGAAAUCGUUUAUCGGGUUUUUCCAUCCAGAAGGGAUGGAGGGGAAAUUUUUUGAAUUUUUGCAUGGUGCUAUGUUGUUUGACAAUAUCUGGGACGAGAUUAAUCAUUCAGAAUGUUCUGGAAAUGGAGAAUCCCACGUUUUCAUUGUCAGUUGGAAUGACCAUUUUUUUGUCCUGAAGGUCGAAACAGAUGCUUACUACAUCAUCGACACAUUAGGGGAACGACUCUACGAGGGAUGCAAUCAAGCUUACAUACUGAAAUUCGACAGGGAUACGACUAUCUACAGACUUCCAGAUACCAAGCAAUCUCCAGAAGAAAAACCCGUAGAUGAUAAGAAGACUGUUGUUGCAGUGGAGUCUGACAACUUGAAUAUAGAGCAGCAGGUGGAGUCGAAGGAGGGCUUGAAAGAAGGGACACCAGUGACCAGACCCGAGGAUCCAAUUAUGAGUGAAGAGGAAGAAGUGGUUGUUUGUCAAGGUAAAGAGUCGUGCAAAGAGUAUAUAAAGAGUUUCUUGGCCGCAAUACCAAUGAGAGAACUACAAGACGAUAUCAAGAAAGGCUUGAUAACAUCAACUCCUCUUCAUCAAAGACUACAAAUUGAAUUUCACUUCACCCAACUAGAGCAGCCAACUAGCGCAACUCGAGUGACAGAAGAAGCCACGCACAUGCUAUAA